AUGACCGAGCCUACAAAGAUUAGCAUCCUGUGUGGGGAGAACCAGUAUCGGGAGAGCAUUAUUGUGGAUUUCGGUCUCUGGCGUAGCUAUGUUGCUAAGAACCUGAUCAUUGACUGCCCCUCCACGACCUACGUCCUCAUCACCGACACCAAUAUCGGUUCGAUCUAUACUCCUGCGUUCCAGAAGACCUUCGAAGAUGCCACCGCCACUAUCGCAUCAUCGCCUCGAUUGCUGGUGUAUCAUGCUCCCCCGGGUGAAGUGUCCAAAUCACGACAGACCAAAGCCGACAUUGAAGACUGGAUGUUGAGCCAAAAUCCCCCGUGUGGUCGGGAUACUGUGAUUAUUGCCCUAGGUGGGGGUGUUAUUGGAGACCUGACUGGUUUUGUUGCUGCCACCUACAUGCGCGGUGUGCGAUAUGUGCAGGUUCCAACAACUCUCCUGGCGAUGGUGGAUUCGUCGAUCGGAGGAAAGACCGCCAUCGAUACCCCGCUGGGCAAGAAUCUCAUUGGCGCCAUCUGGCAACCGACAAAGAUCUACAUCGACCUAGAAUUUCUAGAGACACUCCCCGUGAGGGAGUUCAUCAACGGAAUGGCCGAAGUGAUCAAGACAGCCGCCAUCUCAAGUGAGGAGGAAUUCGCUGCCCUGGAGGACAACGCUGAUGCGAUCUUGACGGCGGUCCGCCGUCAAGUGAAGCCGGGCCAACGCCGGUUUGAGGGCAUUGAGGAUCUUCUGAAGGCCAGAAUUUUGGCCUGUGCACGCCAUAAGGCCUACGUUGUCUCUGCGGAUGAGCGCGAGGGUGGUCUGCGGAACCUCUUGAACUGGGGUCACUCCAUCGGUCACGCCAUCGAGGCAAUCCUGACCCCCCAGAUUCUUCAUGGGGAGUGCGUCGCGAUUGGUAUGGUUAAGGAGGCAGAGCUCGCUCGCCACCUUGGUCUCUUGAAGGACGUUGCUGUCUCUCGCAUCGUCAAGUGUAUUUCCGCUUAUGGCCUGCCUACCACAUUGAAGGAUUCACGGAUCAGGAAACUGACUGCAGGAAAGCAUUGCCCAGUUGACCAGUUACUGUUCUAUAUGGCUUUGGAUAAGAAAAAUGACGGCCCGAAGAAGAAAGUCGUCCUCCUAUCGGCAAUUGGCCGUACCUACGAGCCAAGGGCCAGCGUGGUUGCAAAUGAAGACAUAAGUGUUGUACUCGCUCCCAGCAUCGAAGUUCAACCCGGUGUUGCCCCAUCGUCGAAUGUUGUCUGCGCACCUCCGGGAUCAAAGAGUAUUUCCAACCGAGCUCUGGUCUUGGCCGCUCUUGGUUCAGGUACUUGUCGCAUCAAAAACCUGCUACAUUCGGAUGAUACUGAGGUCAUGUUGAACGCUUUGGAGAAGAUUGGGGCCGCCACCUUCUCUUGGGAAGAAGAGGGUGAAGUUCUCGUGGUGAACGGAAAGGGUGGAGAUCUCCAAGCACACCCUUCACCCCUUUACCUUGGCAACGCAGGCACUGCGUCUCGCUUCCUCACCACCGUUGCAACGCUUGCCACAGCAGGCAGCGUGGAAUCUAGCUUGCUCACAGGUAAUAACCGCAUGAAGCAGAGACCAAUCGGCGAUUUGGUUGAUGCGUUGACAACCAACGGUGCAUCAAUCGAAUACGUGGAGAAAAAGGGCAGCCUCCCCCUCAAAAUCGCUGCAUCCGGUGGAUUCGCGGGAGGGCAAAUCAACCUAGCCGCCAAAGUGUCUUCGCAAUAUGUCUCCUCCUUGCUUAUGUGUGCCCCAUACGCCAAGGAGCCUGUCACUUUGAAGCUGGUGGGCGGAAAGCCCAUCUCGCAGCCAUACAUCGACAUGACCACAGCAAUGAUGAGAUCAUUUGGCAUUGAUGUGCAGAAGUCCACCAGUGAGGAGCACACAUACCACAUCCCCCAGGGUCGGUACGUUAACCCUGAUGAAUACGUCGUUGAGAGUGAUGCCAGUUCCGCAACUUAUCCCUUGGCAAUUGCUGCAAUCACCGGAACGACUUGCACGGUCCCCAACAUUGGGUCCAAAUCUCUCCAGGGUGACGCGCGUUUCGCCGUAGACGUCUUGAGACCUAUGGGCUGCUCAGUGAAGCAGACUGACACAUCAACCACUGUCGUCGGUCCUCCCAAUGGCAACCUACGGCCACUUCCCAACGUGGACAUGGAGCCGACGACAGACGCCUUCCUUACGGCCUCUGUACUAGCGGCUGUGGCUCGUGGAGAUGGCACCAACCACACCACUCGUAUCUACGGAAUUGCGAAUCAGCGAGUGAAAGAAUGCAACCGGAUCAAGGCAAUGAAGGACGAGCUUGCGAAAUUUGGCGUUAUCUGUCGGGAACAUGACGACGGUCUCGAGAUCGAUGGCAUUGAUCGCAAGACUCUUCGGCAGCCAACUGGCGGUAUUUUCUGUUACGAUGAUCACCGGAUCGCCUUCAGCUUCAGCGUUUUUUCACUGGUGGCUCCUCAAUCGACUCUCAUUCUCGAGAAGGAGUGCGUUGGCAAGACGUGGCCAGGUUGGUGGGACACUCUGAGACAGUUGUUUACCGUAAAGCUCAAGGGUAAAGAACUGGACGAUGAGUCCUCAGCCCUGACACAGGCUGAGAAGACCAGUGCUUCCGUUAUUAUCAUCGGUAUGCGUGGUGCUGGCAAGACUACAAGCGGACGUUGGGUUGCGAAGACGCUGAACCGGCCGUUUGUCGACUUGGACACUGAACUUGAACAGAACGAGGGCAUGGCAAUUCCGGACAUCAUCAAAGAGCGGGGCUGGCAAGGGUUCAGAGAUGCCGAGCUCAGUCUCCUACAGCGCACACUGAAAGAACGAUCUACAGGCUACGUUUUCGCUUGUGGGGGGGGUGUGGUUGAAAUGCCCGAAGCCAGAAAGUUGCUUGUCGAUUACCACAAAACAAAGGGAACUGUCAUGCUCAUCAUGCGCGAUAUCAAGCAGGUCAUGAAUUUCCUUUCAACUGAUAAGACCCGUCCUGCCUAUGUGGAAGACAUGAUGGGUGUGUGGCUUCGCCGAAAGCCAUGGUUCCAUGAAUGCAGUAACAUACAGUAUUAUAGCCAACACGCGAGCUCAGGUGGCCUAGAUCGAGCGUCCGAGGACUUCACCCGGUUCAUGAAGGUAGUCACGGGACAGGUAGACAAUCUCAGCAUCAUCAAACGCAAGCCCCAAUCCUUCUUCGUGUCGUUGACAUUACCCAAUCUACGAGAAGCCAGUGAUAUUCUACCAGAUGUAUGCGCCGGCUCCGAUGCCGUAGAAUUGCGAGUCGAUUUGUUGAAGGAUCCAUCUUCGGAUAGCGACAUUCCUUCUGUCGACUACGUCGCAGAUCAGAUGUCUUUCCUCCGUAGCCGCAUUACACUACCCUUGAUCUUCACUAUUCGGACCAAGAGCCAAGGUGGUCGUUUCCCUGAUGAUGCGCACGAUGCGGCGAUGGAUCUGUAUCGACUCGCCAUCAGAUCUGGCAGCGAAUUUGUCGAUCUGGAAAUAGCUUUCCCCGAUGAGAUGCUCCGCGCUGUCACUGAGAUGAAGGGAUACUCGAAGAUCAUCGCCUCCCACCACGACCCAAAGGGCGAGCUCUCUUGGGCCAAUAUGUCUUGGAUGAAGUUUUACAACAGAGCACUGGAGUACGGUGACGUGAUCAAGCUUGUCGGGGUUGCAAACAGCAUCGACGAUAAUACGGCACUCAGGAAAUUCAAGAACUGGGCUGAAAGCGCCCACGACGUUCCGGUCAUCGCGAUAAAUAUGGGCGACAACGGGCAGCUUAGCCGUAUUCUAAACGGCUUCAUGACCCCAGUAUCUCACCCCAGCCUCCCAUUCAAGGCUGCUCCAGGUCAACUCUCUGCGGCCGAGAUCCGCAGGGGAUUGUCCUUGAUGGGAGAGAUCAAGAAGAAGAAGUUCGCGAUCUUCGGGACACCGAUUGCAGCAUCCCGUUCUCCAGACCUGCACAACACGCUCUUCGAUCAAAUGGGCCUACCGCACGAGUACACCCGGUUGGAGACCAGCAACGCCGAAGAUGCUAGGGGUUUCAUACGCUCUCCUGAGUUCGGUGGUGCCUCAGUUACGAUACCUUUGAAAUUGGACAUUAUGCCCCUAUUGGAUGAAGUCGCGCAGGAGGCCGAAAUCAUUGGUGCUGUGAACACAAUUGUCCCCAUCACCGAUGGCACAGACAAGCCGGCGCGGCUGGUUGGUUACAACACUGACUGGCAAGGAAUGAUCCUCUCCCUUCGCAACGCUGGUGUCCAGGGGACCAAUGGUGACUCUAGCGCCAUGGUUAUUGGCGGUGGCGGAACCGCUCGAGCGGCAAUCUUCGCUCUCCACAGUAUGGGAUACGCCCCGAUCUACAUCAUCGGACGAUCCCCCAGCAAGCUGCAGAGCGUGGUCUCGACAUUCCCCACCGGCUACGAUAUUCGAAUUGUGGAGGGUGAUGAGAAGCUGGACAAAAUCCCCAGUGUCGCCAUUGGCACUAUCCCCGCCGACAGACCGAUCGAUCCCGCCAUGCGUGAGACUCUGUGUCAUAUGUUCGAACGUGCCGAGGAGGCUGACGCGGAUAUUGUGAAGACCGGGGAGAAGGCCCCGCGAGUACUUCUGGAGAUGGCCUACAAGCCGGCGGUGACAGCAUUGAUGCAGCUUGCUUCUGAUGCCGGAUGGAAGACCAUUCCCGGCUUGGAAGUCCUGGUUGGACAGGGAUGGUACCAGUUCAAACACUGGACGGGGAUUUCCCCGCUCUACGAAGACGCCAGGACGGCCGUCAUUGGCUCUGCGUGA